CUCACCUGGAUUUUCCAAAACGUUUUUAUUAUCGCGACUGAAUCUUGGUAACUCUUCAUGUACCUGCAAUCAAAUCCACGAACCUGACCGACAAAUUUUCAUUUCUUUAUUCACUAUCGGAAUUCAGGUGAGCUGAUUUUAGCAUUUCUUUUGGACUGGCUAAAUUUUGUGCGAAAGUUCAUGGAAUAAACCUUAGGCUGCAAUUCGUCGAGCACUGGGAAGAAAUUGCAUGAUGCAUCAUGUGGUAUCCAAGGUCACACGGAGGGCAUUUUCGUUAGCCGGAUCCCUAUGUUCAAAAACUUCAUGUUCAUCAAUGGUCGCAAAAAAACAUUAUUUUAGUGCCAUCUCGGCUUUGCAAAGACAGGUUGAUAAUACUCGAAAGGCUGCAUUUUCUGGAAAUCUGUUGAGGUGGGGGCCACCAGGAUAUUGCAGAACAUCGAGUUUUGCAUCCGGGUUCACACCUUUGCAGCCCAAGUCCUUGGAGUCGAUUAUAGAUAUCAGCAGGGCUAAGAGCAAAUCCUCUGAGGAACUUGCUGAUAUUUGGGAUGAUUAUCACCUGGGAAGGGGUCAUAUUGGUGUGUCAAUGAGUGCAAAGCUGUACCAUCUCUUGGAGCAAAGAACUUCAGAUUGCCGUUAUUUUGUGAUCCCAUUGUGGAAAGGAAGUGGCUACACAACAAUGUUUUUUCAAGUUCAGAUGCCACACAUGCUUUUUACUGGCCUCGAAGAUUAUAAAGCGAGAGGGACCCAAGCUGCUCCGUACUUCACGGCCACAUACUACAAGGAAUUUGCCGACAGCAAGGAUUUGGUGCUUAUCCGUGGUGACAUAGUUCUCACCAGCAAGCUGAGUGACUCAGAGGCAAAAUGGCUUUUGGAGACUGCACAAUCUUUUUACCUAAAUGACGUCAGGUACAAGCUGGUCGAACGUUUCAACAAACAGACUCGUGAUUUCGAGUUCAAGGAUGUUUUGAAGGCACUGGAUAUGCCCAUAUUGUAGUUCUUUGAGAUUUUUUGUUGUGUGUUUUNUCGCCUGAAAUCA